AUGAACGACUUUGACGAGUGCGGCCCGAGCGCAGCCAGCAUGUACCUGCCCGGCUGCGCCUACUAUGUGGCCCCAUCGGACUUCGCCAGCAAGCCGUCGUUCCUGUCACAACCGUCGUCCUGCCAGAUGACUUUCCCCUACUCUUCCAACCUGGCGCCGCACGUCCAGCCCGUGCGCGAAGUGGCCUUCCGCGACUACGGCCUGGAGCGCGCUAAGUGGCCAUACCGCGGCGGCGGCGGAGGCGGUGCAGGGGGCGGCGGCGGCGGCCCCGGCGGGGGCGGCGGCGGCGGCGCCGGUAGCUACGCUCCCUACUACGCUGCGGCGGCGGCGGCGGCGGCGGCGGCGGCGGCCGAGGAGGCGGUCAUGCAGCGAGAGCUGCUCCCGCCCGCGGGCCGCCGUCCGGAUGUGCUCUUCAAGGCGCCGGAGCCGGUGUGCGCCGCGCCCGGACCGCCGCACGGCCCCGCGGGCGCCGCCUCCAAUUUCUACAGCGCCGUGGGCCGCAACGGCAUCCUGCCGCAGGGCUUCGACCAGUUCUACGAGGCUGCACCCGGGCCCCCCUUCGCCGGACCGCAGCCCCCUCCGCCGCCCGCGCCGCCGCAGCCCGAGGGCGCCGCCGACAAGAGCAACCCCAAGACCGCGGCCAGUGGCGGCGGGGGAAGUCCCUGCGCCAAGACCCCCGGCUCGGAGCCCAAGGGGGCGGCAGAGGGCGGCGACGGCGAGGUGCCCCCGGGGGAGGCGGGGGCUGAGAAGAGCGGCGGCGCAGUGACCCCCCAGCGAUCCCGAAAAAAGCGCUGUCCCUACACCAAGUAUCAGAUCCGCGAACUGGAACGGGAGUUUUUCUUUAACGUGUACAUAAACAAAGAGAAAAGACUCCAACUUUCUCGGAUGCUCAACCUCACUGACCGGCAAGUCAAAAUCUGGUUCCAGAAUCGCAGAAUGAAAGAAAAGAAACUGAACAGAGACCGUCUGCAGUAUUUCACUGGAAACCCCUUAUUUUGAGAGCUCCAGGAAGCACCCCUCUCCCGAGCCCCACUCACCCACUCUCCUCCCCACCAGUCUGCCCUGGGCAGGCCCAGUGUCCUUGGGUUUAAUGACGCCUCUUCUCUGUGGAACUCCACGAUUCCUUCCUACGGUCAACUCGGGACCUCCCAGCGACCACUGCAGCCUGCGGACGAGGUCGGGGACUUGGCCGAACGGAUCCUAAUAAGGGGAAAAUGCAAGCUUCUAUGUCUACCACCGUAGGAGAGCCGAACCUAGAGAUGCCAUUUCGCGUUUGCCUGGCCUUGGAGAGCCACACGGGGGCGUGCUCACGUUCCAGAAGCCGCAUUUGUCGGAGAGACAGCGGUACCAUAUCUUUCCAAUACUGGAUUCUAAUAGCGGUUAGAAAUUGCUGAGGUGUUUGAUGUUUGUUUAUUCUAAGCAGCCAUGAGGUUGGGAAGUU